AAACAAGGAUACUUAAUAGUUGACCUAUCAUUUAUGGCUUUCGAACUCUGGGGGACAUCAUUCACUGAAGAAGAAAACAGCUCUUUCAUACAAACAGAAUGGCAGUAUGACUUAUACUUUGGUUAUGGCAUCGAUAUGAUUGAAGAAAAUGCCUUGAAUGAGAAAUCUUGUAUUCAAGUGUUGAGGAUAUUGAUUGCAAAAGCAGAUACUGAAAUCGAUGAACUAGAAAAAGAUUUGGUGUUGCUCCAAAGUGAAUUGGUCUGGGCUGAACAUGAAGAAUGGCAUGACAUUUGCUGUAAUGCUUUGAGAGCUAAGAUCAACUGCCUUGAUAUCUCAAUAAGGAAGUUGAGGAACAAGGAUGAGAAUGACAUUGAGGUUUAUUUAUUGAUGCAUACUGAACCUGUUGAGAAGUUGCAUGAAAUAAUGAAGUCUCUGCUCAAAAGUUUCUGCAAUGAGAAACAUGAGCAGAAUGAGCAAUCUCAGGAUGUUGUCCCAGAUUCAAGGUCUAGUUCUCUAGAGCAGUCUGCUGCCCUGUAUAAGAACCAAAAAUUGAACUCAUCAGAUUCAUGUUUCAUUGCAAAGGAGGAAAACAAUGGACCCAAUGUUACUCCCAAAGAAAAUUUUACUUCAUCAAAUCGAUCUAUGGAGCUUGAAGUGAAGAAGGCAAAUAGUUCAGAAACACUAGCCAAUGCCGAUGUUAAAGAUCUGAUGCCACAUUUCCUGCUGCCAGCAGCUGGUCAAUUUGAUGAGAAGAGCAUUAUAACUUUACUUGAUUUAGAAACUACCAAGAAGCUCAAAGAAAGUGGUUGUGCUCUUAAGGAUAAAAAUGUGGUCCGGCAUUUUUCUCUCAAGUCUGCUCAGAAGAGAAAGAAUAAUCCAUACAGGACUAAGGUUAAGGAUGCAGCUGCCCAGUGUGUGAAUGACUCAGAUCUGGAUGCUUCAAAACAUUCAGCUGGCCGCCUCAAAAAGAAGAAAAAAACAAGUUCUUCUAGUUUGAAAAUUUUGAGUGAGCAAGCAACAAAGCACACUUCUAUAUCUGCUGCAGAUAUGUUAAUCCUAGAUUCAUCAUCAAAUUCAAUGGGGAUGACAGGGGAUCUUACAAAGAAAGUGAAGGAAGAGCAGACUGCAGAUAUUAUUGCCAACGAUUUGGGCUUGAUUGCUCAUAAACAGAUGACUGGCGACUCCAAUGAGAUGAAAACGCUUGGCAAGCAUGACGUGAGAAUUAAUGGAUGCGAAGUGCAAGGACAAGAUACUAGUAAUUUUUCAAAUUCAUGUUUGAAUCCUGAACAUGAAGGAAAUAUUCAGAAAGCAGAUAAGGUAGAAAAUCUGAAAUUUGACAUGGAUCAAAAGCUAUGCGACUUCGGCGUGAAAUCUGCACGCAAACAAAGGAUCAAAGAGAGUAAGGUAGCUUCAAUGGACAAGAAUCAGCAUUCAAAUUCAUUAUUGAAGGGAGAAGAGAAAAGAAACGACACCUUACAAGAUGUGACGCUGAAAGAAGCUUCUCCAAGUGACAAUGAGCAUUCUGCCUUGACCUCGCUUGUAGAACUGCAGGACGAAAAUGGAGAGGAUAAAACCAUUCAACUUAUGGAGGAAAAAUCACAAAUGGAGGAAGUUCCAAUGUCUGAAGUUGUUUCUAGUGAUGGCAAACUUGUUACAAACUCGUACAUGAGGCUACAAAGAGGGAAGGUAAAGACUGUAAAGCCAAAUAUGGAAUCAACUGCCGCUGAUGCUGAAGAAUCUGGUUUAAAUUCGAUGGAAAAUCUUUCUAACUCGUCUCCUUUUCCAAAAGGCAAGAGGACAUGGAAGAAUGCUAACAACUGUAGUUUGAACUAUUCGUUGACCGGGAAAAUCAUUAAGAAAACUGUUCAGCAUAGCCAAUGCGAAGCUGAGGAGACAAGCUUGAUGCUGGAUGCUAGCCAGAAUACAAUGCCAUUGCCACAGAAGAAAUGUAAAAAGCUUUCUAGUGUGCCAAUCGUUGUGGAGUUCAGAGCGUCAUCUGUUCAAAUGAACAUCUCAAAGUUGCAUGGGGACCUAAAUAAGAGCAACAUUGUGAAGACGGAAUUUGCUGAAUCAGGGGCUUUGGUUGAUGAUCUCGGUGCAAAGGGUGUGGUACCCCGGCCUUUGGAUGCAAAUAGCUUGAUGAAAAUGAAGUUGCGUGAUUUGAGGGCCAUUGCGAAAUCGCAGAAGUUAAAGAAAUACUCGACAAUGAAGAAAGAAGAUCUGGUCAAACGAUUGGAAAAUGGAUUAAGUUGCUAAUGAAUAUAUGAAUUGCUUUUUGUACAGGUUAGUAGUUUCCCACAUGUUUUGUUCUUCUUCUCAUGCUUGUUGCAUUGGCAUAUAUGUCUGAAUUUGCAUCAUUGUAUGAAUCCCAAAGGUAAAAUAUGAAAGUCUCUUCAUUUUCCUAGAA